UAACCGUGUAUUUGCAGGAUGCGGCUGUUUUAACCGCAGUGAAUCCGGUGCUCGGAUAAUAAAUACAUAUCCGUGUAGUCUCAGUGUGGAAUAACUCGAAACACAGAGGAGGGUCUCUAAGACUGAGCAUUUUCAUUUCUGUUCGUUUCUGCACACCAGAAUGCUGAACAUGAUACUUUCCAGGAAUUCUUUAACUUUUAGAGUCGUGCUGCUGUCAUGGUGGAUCCAUCACUGCACUUGGCAAACGGGGGAAGCAAUCCAUCCAUUGUGUACCAUUGUGACUCAGCAUAUGAAGGCUAAGGAGCAAUGCAGAAACACACGUGAACAAGAGUACCACAACAACACUACAGUGACUGGCUGCCGAACCGAGUGGGAUGAGAUCCGUUGCUGGUACAGAGCUGAAGUUGGCAAAGUGGUUAAUAUCUCUUGUUCCGAAGUUUCCCAACUCUUCGCCAACAACAACGGUUACAUAUACCGGAACUGCACAAGGAAUGGCUGGAGUGACCUUCACCCAUCAUAUGAGAAUGCUUGUAUAUUACCAACGGUGGAAGGAACUGAGACCUCAUAUUUUUCGACAUUCAGGCAGGUGUACACCGUAGGCUAUGCUACCUCUCUCAUCUCCCUCAUAUCAGCCAUCUUCGUCUUUACAGCAUUCAGGAAGUUUCACUGUACAAGAAACUACAUCCACAUCAACCUGUUUUCCUCCUUCAUCCUGAGAGCUAGCGCAGUCUUUAUUAAAGAUGCCGUUCUCUUUACCGAUGAAACCCAGGACCACUGUUUCAUGUCUACAGCAUCAUGUAAGGGAGCAGUGGCUUUUUUCCAGUUUAGCAUCCUUGCUAAUUACUUCUGGCUCCUGGUGGAGGGCAUGUACUUACAGACCUUGCUUGCUCUCACAUUUGUCUCACAAAAGAAGUAUUUUUGGUGGUACAUCCUUAUCGGCUGGGGUCUUCCAACAACCGUUUUGACUAUUUGGGUUCUGGCCAGAAAUUUCUAUGAUAACAAGGGGUGCUGGGACGAUACGGAUAUCGCCUUCAUUUGGUGGAUCAUAAAAGGGCCGAUUACAGUAUCUCUUCUGGUGAACUUUAUCAUCUUCAUCAAUGUGAUCAGGAUACUUGUGGAGAAGUUGAAGUCUCCCGGAGUUGGAGGCAAUGACAGCAGUCACUUUACGAGGCUGGCUAAGUCUACUCUGUUCCUGAUUCCACUGUUUGGCAUGCAUUACAUGGUGUUUGCUUUCCUGCCGGAGAACACAGGGGAGGACGCUCGUCUCUACAUUGAGCUCGGCCUGGGAUCAUUUCAGGGCUUUGUUGUGGCUCUGUUAUACUGUUUUCUCAAUGGAGAGGUGCAAGCAGAGCUGAAGAAAAGGCUGUGGAAAUGGCAGAUGCAGGGUUACAUGAGUUACAGUAAGAGGAGGAGAACACUGUUUACGGAGAGCAGCACCGUCACUCAGAUUUCUGUUCUGGAAAAAUCCAGCCCAAAGGAGCAGCCUUCCGCUGAGCUCAAAAACAGCAUCUUACUGGUCUGAGGACAUCCUGUUUCUCUCGCCUUCAUAGGAUUGCCUAAUCUCUAUAAUAGUUUAAUAUCAAUAUUUAACAUAUUUAUUCAUUCCAAGAGUAUUAGUUUUACAUUAUACAUUUUAUACAUUUUAUGGAAAAGAGUGGAAAUCACAAUCAUAGACUGGAUUUAAUCAUACACCGAUAAGCCAUGACAUGAAAACCAAGUGAACUGAAUAACAUUGAUUACCUCAGUACAAUGGGGUGGGUUAUCUUUGGCAGCAUGGGAACAGCCAGUUCCCUUUCAGGAACUCGAGCUGCGUCGAAACGCUUUGGGAACACUCGGGCGCGUUCUCAACGCAUUUCGACGCAGCGUCUCGUUUCCUCAGGAAACUGGGGUUACACACGUAACCUAGACGUUCUCCAAGUUGUUGUGUUGGAAACAGGGAAAAUGAGCAAGUGUAAAGAUCUGAGCAACUUUAACAAGGGCCAAAGUGUGAUCACUAGACAGCUCAAUCAAAGCAUAUCCAAAACAUCAUAUUGGUGUUCCCAGUAUGCAUUGAUUUAGUUCUUACCAAAAGUUGUCUUUGAAAAGGCAACUGGGGCACAGGCAACAGGGUCAUAGUUGGAUUUUAUCGUACUGUGGACUGAUACACAUAUUAGCUAAAACCACUAACAGGUGAAAGUUAUCUAGCUAACUGUUAGAUACAGUUUUGCUAAAAAAUAAACACAAAGAAGUACAAAGUGUAUGUAACAUAUAGAUUAAAUAGGAAUAUAUAGUAUCUUAACAAUAUAGUAAGUGGAGAAACUGUGAGGUGGAAGAAAAACGCAAGCAAAAUAACAAAAUCUUAAAACCAGUAUUCACUGCAGUAACAGAAAACCUCCUAGUUUUGCUAAUACACUAUAUGGACAAAAGUUUGUGGACACCUGACUAUAAGAUUUGUAUGUGCUUUUUAAACAUCCCAAUCCACCUGUAGUCCCCAUU